AUGGGUGGGAGCGACCUGGGAGCCCGCGCCAUGGCGGAGCAGGUUGGCCCUGCCCCACCCCCAAUCUACGUGGGGGGCAGCAGCAGCAGUGACAGCGAGGGGGAGCUUGUGAGACCCCCGAGGGGGGCAGCGGGGCAGCCGCGCCCCAAGCGCCGGCGUGUUCUGUGCAGCACCGAGAUCCCCGCUGUGCCUGUCUACUCGAACAAGGUGAACAGCAGCUUCCAGCUGUGCCCCGCGGAGCUGCGCCAGGAGGUGCCCGCCCUGCAGUGGCAGGGAGGGGCGGAUCUGGACGUCGAUGAGAUUGGCCCUGUCACGCCCCCCCGGCCGGAGCGGCCUCACGCCCCACGCCUCCCCCAGGGCCCCUGCACUGACUGGCCGGAGGACGAGCCGCAGCAGCAGGGGGCAGCGAGAACGGUCCGGGACGAGUCCCCCUCUCCUCCUCCCCCACCACAGCCCACACGCAGGCAGAGGGGCCGGACCCGACGGGAGGUGGCGCGCAAGCUGCGGGGUCUCAGCACGUGGCUCUCGGCCGCCCAGCGAAGCCUGCGGGAGGAGCCGUCCGAGGACGACGUGAUCCUGGUGGAGCCGCCCCCAUCCCCCGCGCCCCGGCAGCUGCAGCUCAAGGUGCGGUGCCGGGCCGAGAUCCACCGCGUCGCCAUGGAGACGUCACAGCCCCUGCAGGCGGUGGUGGAGCACAUGGCCGGGAGGCUGCAGGUCCGGCCGGAGCAGAUCCUGCUGCUGCUGCGAGACACAGAGCUGCCCCCCGGCAGCACCCCCCAGGGCCUGGGCCUGGGCGUGGCCGACAUCAUCGAUUGCGUGGUGGACAUGGCAGCCGGGGAGCCGCAGGGCGAGGGAGAGCCGGGGGCCGGGCCGGGCCCUGGGGAGCUACGUCUGACCGUGCGAGGCCAGGAGAAGGACUCACAGCUCACACUCAACGUGCCCAGGGCGGAGCCGCUGCACCGGCUGAUGGAGCGCUACCAGGAGGCCAUGGGGCUGGGUGGCCGCCAGCUCCGCUUCUUCUUCGACGGGCAGCGCCUGGCGGGGACCCGCACGCCCGAGCAGCUGGGCAUGGAGCCUGACGACGUCAUUGAGGCCUGGGCCUAG